AUGGGAUACACCCACACUUUCGUCUCUUUCUUUACUAAUACUACAAAGCCCAUCACCAUCUGUUCAUUCCCACCUUCCCAUUGCCCACCGCCGGAAAUUGCUGCGUUACCUCGCUUCAUUUCCUUUUUAAUAUUAUUUUUAUUCCUUAUCCUCCCCCUCCUCAUCCUUGUCCUCCUAUUCUUUUUCUUUUUCUUCUUUUUUCUUUUUCUUCUUUUUCUUACUUUUUUCUUUUUCUUCUUUUCCUUUUUCUUUUUCUUCUUCUUUUUCUUUUACUUCUUUUACUUUUCUUCUUUUUUCUUUUACUUCUUUUACUUUUCAUCGUUUUGUUUCUCUUCUUUUCUUCUUCUUUUCUUCUUCUUCUCUCCCACUCUCUCUCUCUCUCUUUAUUUUAAUCGCUUUGGUUGUUCCCGCCUUUUUUUUAACAUUCAUUCAACCUAUGUUCGUCUGUCUGUCAAUCGAUCUGCCUACCUAGAUAGCUCGGUGUGUCCAAAUUUCACUUUCUCUCUCUCUCUCUCUCUCUCUCUCUCUCUCUCUCUCUCUCACUCUCUCACACACACACACACACACACACACAUACACACACUCACACACACGCUCUCACUCUUGCUAUCUCUCUCGCCCCAUCUCUCUCUCCUUCACUCUCUCUCUCUCUCAUUCUUUUCCUCUAAGAAGCGUUUUCUUUAUCUAUCUAUCUACCUAUCUAUCUAUCUAUCUAUUAAAUCUCACCCAAACGAGCAGUGUCCACCUUAUUCUUAUCUUAUCUCUGCCCUGUUUUCUACAUGUUUCUAUCUCGAUCCUUUCAUCAAUUACCCUCUCUCUUUUUACGUAUGUAUAUCUCUCGCUUGUUUGAUAACUUUCUCCCUCUCCUUCUUUAUCUCUUCUUAUAUGUCGCUGUCACACCAUCCUCUCUCCUUCUCGCUUUACAUGUUUCUAUCUUUCUCUUCUCUUCUGUCCUCCUCUCUUUUUAUAUAUUUACAUUUUCAUAUCGAUCUUUCCUCCUUUCUCCAUGUCUCUCUUUAA